AUGGCCAGCUCUCUAGCUUCUCAGCUUUCGCCAGGAGUCAGCGUCGAGCGUCGCCCUUCCAGAGCAGCGCAACCUUCCUCACGCAGCGGCACGCCAACCCUCACCGGCGGUCCAUUCGGUGCGAUAGGUGGUCAUCGCGGUAGCGGAGCCGCUUCACCCAGCCCUCAAGCAAGCUUGGACUCAGUCUUUUCAUCCGGUGGUCUAGGCACUGGCACUGGCACUGGCACUGCAGACCUGCUCAAUCGCCCCAGCCAAGGCUCUCAGUCUGGUGACGGCGCCGCGAGGCGACUGGACAGGGCUGCAUCACCCUACCACUCAGCCAGCCUGAGGUCCCCUUCGCCCAGCUUUGUCAGCGCCUCGUCUCAUCUACAAAUGCCAUCAAGCGAGGAAGCGAGCGAGCCUGCCAGUAUGCCUGCACUACUAGUGGAAGACAGAUCGCCCGACAUCGACCAGACACCUCGAGCAGAUCUCGCAGACGCAUCACAGCGACCUGCCAUGCGCAACAUUCCCAGCGCUGCUGCCCUUGCGGCUUCUACUGCGGAAGAGACGGAUGACGAUGCGGACCAUCGCGGCGCGAGUAUGGUCGGUCAGCUGGUAGAUGGUGACGAGGAUGAGGCGGAGGAGGAGCUACGGAUGACCACGCGUGUAUCCUCCAACAUUGCCGACUCGUCAGAGGUGACAGCGAACCCUAGAGUGAUGAAUGCAUCGAGCAGCAGCGGAAGCUUAAGUGGUGGUGCAGCACCUCACCCAUCAGCGCGAAAUCGCGAAAGCUCUGUCGGAACCCCCGUCAGCCCUGCAGGAUACGGCUCGGUCAAUGGCCAACAACCUGGCAACGCAAGCUCGGGAAGCAGCGGCAGUCUCAACACAGACAGCUAUCCAUUCCCAGCAGCCAGAUCGGUGCACUCGCCAUCACUCGCUUCCUCGGGCGCCUUCUUGUCACUGCCAGCCGCGAACUCCUCCGCUCAACCACAGGGCGGCGCACCACUCACCAGUCUGACUAUUCCCCACAAUAUCGGUGCUACGGGUAGCUCGACCUCUGUCGCCGCUACACUUGGCGGACCGCCCAGCAACCCGGCUUUCUCCCCUUUUGGAAGUCCUCCUCACGAUCGUCCCAACUCUUCAAGUAGCAUACAGUCGCUACCGUUUGCUUCUCAUCAGAGCUUAGGUCACGCAGCAGCAGCAACUGCUACUCCGGUCACUGAUGCGCACACCGCGACUUUCGAUGGCAAUCGCGGUGGUGUUAUCGGCACCCCUAACAAUGCUAACGACGCUUUGCUCCGAUCCUCCCCCUUGUUUACCGAAGUUUUGGAUCGCAUCAUCAGGCUUGAGGGCGGCCUCAAGGAUGUCACUAGGACCCUAAGUGGGCUGAGCAGGAAUGUUAGCCUUUUGCUGGAUCGGACUCGGCACAUGCACCAACCGCAACCCCAGGGCUAUGGACAGCAGAGUUACCCACCACCAAGAGGACAGGCGCAUUCUCCCCUGCCUUUUGGCGAUGCCAAGUCCGCUGCGGUCGGAACCGGGCAAGCACAAGACGAGGUUCGUUCGCUCAGUAUGCAGAUGAGCGCACUGACUGGGAGCGUAGCGCAAUUGCUUGCUAUUCAGCAAGGACAACAAAGUGCAGGUAGUCAGGGGGCUCCGUCGCAGCAUGCGCCACCAACUCAAGGAUUGGCGGGACUCGGUCUAGGCCCCGGCAGCACGCCACAGCUCGGAGGCAACAUCUCCACGCCGCAAUUAGGAACCAUGCCUGGCACGCCUCACCUGUCGGGACCAGCUCACGGACGUCCAAACUCUAUGCACCCCUAUGAGCGCUCUGUCAGCCCUCGCGUGGGGGGUCCGGGUCCGCCGCAUGGCAUACAUCCGGGACAUGCAUCGCAAGUCAUGAGUGGCUCGGAAAGCAGGCUGAGCCCUCGCCCAGGAGGAGGGGCAGGAAGCAACCCGAAUCGCACGAGUUGGGGGGCGGGACCACCUGGUAGCCAAGGUUCUCAGGGCGGAUACCAGGCGCCGGGGCAAAAGGAUUCUCUGGGUCCAAACGACCCUCGCAGAUGGAGUGGAGUAGGUCAAGGUGCCUUCUCGCCUGCUCUGAACCCCAACAUUCGCCGUGAAAGCAUGGGCACGCCUGCACUUGGAGCUGCGCGCAAUGGCACUCCAGAUAUCGAGUCUACUGGUAGAUUUGGCGGACCGGGUGCUCACGUCGGAUCCCUCAAUGGCCCGGCGGCCAAUGCUGGCAGCGCCUUGUCCAUGGCACCUCCCGACGCCAACGUAGUCGUGACGAAGUGGGAGCACCUCAACCUACACAUGGAUCUGCUUCGGUGCAUACUCAAGUACGGCCUCGGACCGCCCAACAAGAUUCAGCAGAGAGCUUUGCCUUUUCUUCUACGUGGCAGCGACAUCAUCGCGCAAGCCCCGCCUACGCAGGAACGCAUCGCUAGCUACGUCAUCCCUGCCCUGCAGCUGAUCUUGAAUGUGCUCCGUGGAGAGCCACAGAUUGCGAACAACAAUACACGUGGACCCAUCGCAGUCAUCAUCAGUACUACCGUCGACCAGGCCACGCAAGCACAACGUAUGGCUCUGGGUCUUGGAGCAGCACUGGGCCUGAGGGUCCACAUUGCCGCUGGAGGAGGGAUGGAACCCACUCAGGAAGCGAACAAUAUCGUCUCCGGUCGGCCUCACUUGAUUGUUGGCACGCCUCAAAAGAUGAACGAAGUCUUCCAUCAUCUCUCCCUGAGAGGCUCGAAUGUCAUUACGCUUGCCGACAUCAGACUGGUUGUCCUCGACGAGGUCGAUCAAUUGAUCGCAAGGAAUUUGGCGGACUAUGUCUCUACUCUUUUGAGGGCACUGCCACCUGCCCGAGGUGGUGCACCGCGAAGCGCGUCUGGCGACGACCUUGCGCGCAGUCCACUUGUAUCGCCCGGAUUGCCGGCGAGCUCCGGUCCAGGACAUCCAUAUACUUCGUCGGAGAACAGCUUGAAUACUGUCGAAAGGCAGACGGCCAUCUUCUCCAACACCGUCCCGCAAGACGUUUUGAACUUUGCUCAGUCCAUCCACUUGAGAGAAAGCGUCAGGGUGCUUGUUCGUCGUGAAGGCAGCGGAGGCGCGCUGCUCGCCACGACAACAUAUGGUAAUCCUGGUUCAGGCUGGAAUGCGGUCGCCUCUGGUGCCGUUUCUUCGCCGAGUGUGGGCUCCGGAACGAUGGGACUUGGCAACAAUCACGGCAAUGCGCCCACCUAUCAAAGCCCGAACCCUCAAGGUCAAUCUGGAUUUCCACCGCUUCAGAUGCACUCCCAACAACAGCAGGCUCACAACUUUGCUAGCGCUCAUUCGCAACCGCAACAUUAUGCCCAUGCCGUCGGCGCGCCGCCUGCUCAGAACAGUGCCAUGACCGAUUCCAUCAUGGCGGCCCUACGCGGACUUCGACAGUACUACGUUUAUGUCGCCAUGACAGAAGGAAGCAGCGGGAAAGCGACGCCUUCGCUUGGUCAAGGAAGCUUCAAUCAACAUGGCAUGGAAAUGAAAUUGUGAGUCUGGAUGCGUGGCGCGCGACUUGUACUUGCCUUUGAUAGAUCCUCGCCUCUCUCCCUUCAGGGACGUCAUUACGGACCUUUUGGAGGACAUUGAUUUUGGACAAGCGGUAGUGUACACUUCUUCCUCCGCAAAUCUGGAAGCUGUAACGUACAAGCUGGCCAGCAAAGGCAUCGAAGCGUUGGCCCUUGUGAGUAGGCGCGUUGCGAAUAUUGUUUGAGAUAUGACCCGCGUCUGAUCAGAGUCACCACAUCAACAUGCUGAACCGCAUCAGUCCAAGGAAAUGGCACCAUCCACGCGUUCUGGCGUUUUGGCCAAGUUCAGAGGAGGCAGCACGACGGGCAACGCUUAUCAAGCGGCUUCACAUGCGGUGGUUGGCGGGCCGGGCUCGGGAGGCAACGUGGCGGGCAGGAAAUGUCUUGUGGUGCAUGACCUGGCCGUCAAUCCUAGAGAUGUUCAUCAAGUGCCUCUAGUAGUCUUCUAUGACCUUCCGAGGAGCGUCGAGGAGUAUAAGGAAAAGUGAGUCAUUUGACCAAGCGGGCCUGCCUGUGCGAGCGCCGCUCAUGUGCACAUCAUCCAAUCUCCCCGAUAGAAUCUCUUGCGCUGCUUCUGCAGGCGCAAGCGCGGGACUGGGCAGACCCAGCGUAUGUAUCAACGUCGUCACCGGCUCGGGUGGCUCACGCGGAGAUGUGGAAACGCUGCGCUCCCUGGAACUAGCACUGGGAUGCAAGAUGGGUGAGCGGCUUGGGCAUGUAUUCUGCUGGUGCGAAAUGUGCUGACAAGUUCUCAUGAUUGCAAUGUCGUCUUCUGCAGCCGAGUUGCCUAUGCACCUUGGACAGAUCCUGAAUUUUUAA